GUUGGGUUGUCUAGUGAGUCAUAAAUAAUGAUACGUAAGAUCUGAACAACAACAACUAGGGCUCCUUCCUUUCCUUUACCCUCUCCGGAUCAAACUCAAGGGUGACAGCUCUAUUGUUUGAACGAAGAAGUUAACAUGGCUGCUUCCGAAGAAGAGAAUAAUAAUACACUUUUCCCAAUCUUUAUUUUCUCUUUACUGGCUUUGCCUUUAGUACCAUACACAAUAUUCCAGUUAUACCAUUUAGCUACUAAAAAGGCUAGGAUUGCCAAGUGCCAAUGUUCCGUCUGCUUGCAGUCUGGAAAGUAUCGCAAGUCCAUCUUUAGGCGUAUAUCAAACUUUUCGACGUAUAAUAACUUGACUCUUGUGAUGCUUUGGGUAAUAAUGGUGAUGUUGGCAUAUCACAUAAAAAGUAGCAGCCAUGCGGUAGAAGUUUUUGAACCAUUCAGUAUUCUUGGAUUAGAACACGGGGCUACAGAUCUAGAAAUCAAGAAGGCGUAUAGAAGACUUUCCAUCCAGUACCAUCCGGAUAAGAAUCCCGACCCAGAGGCUCACAAUUAUUUUGUGGAAUACAUAUCCAAGGCUUAUCAGGCUCUAACGGAUCCCAUAUCACGUGAGAACUUUGAAAAAUAUGGCCAUCCUGAUGGCAGGCAGGGGCUUCAAAUGGGCAUCGCCCUCCCUCAGUUUUUGUUGAACAUUGAUGGGACGUCAGGCGCAGUUAAUUUACUUGGGAUUGUUGGGAUUUGCAUUAUAUUGCCCUUGGUCAUGGCUGUCAUGUACUUAUCGAUGUCAUCCAAAUAUACUGGAAACUACGUCUUAAAGCAUACAUUAUCCGCAUAUUUCUACCUUAUGAAGCCUUCGUUGGCUCCAAGUAAGGUGAUGGAUGUUUUCAUAAAAGCGGCUGAAUAUAUGGAAAUUCCAGUUCGGCGGAGUGAUGGAGAACCCCUUCAGAGACUGUUUGUCCUGGUGAGAAGCGAGUUGAACUUGGACUUGAAGAACAUUAAGCAAGAACAGGCUAAGUUUUGGAAGCAGCAUCCAGCUCUAGUGAAGACUGAAUUGUUAGUUCAAGCGCAACUAAACCGGGAGUCAGGAUGUCUAUCUCCAUCGUUGCAGCGUGAUUUCAGACGUAUACUUGAGGUUGCUCCCCGCCUUCUUGAAGAAUUAAUGAAGAUGGCAGUUCUACAACGUCCCCCACAUGGCCAUGGGUGGCUCAGACCUGCAAUUGGGGUCGUUGAGCUCUCUCAGAGUAUGAUACAGGCGGUUCCACUGAGUGCACGAAAACCUGCUGGAGGGUCAAUUGAAGGAAUUGCCCCUUUCCUGCAACUGCCACAUUUCAGUGAGUCUGUUCUUAAAAAGCUUGCGAGAAAGAAAGUUCGUACUUUUGAGGAUUUCCGAGAGUUGAACCAACAAGAGCGUGCAGAGUUACUAACAAAGGUUGCAGGGUUCUCUCCAGCCCAAUCCCAAGAUGUAGAAACGGUUCUAGAAAUGAUGCCUUCCAUCACCUUUGACAUCAUAUGUGAAACGGAAGGUGAAGAAGCAAUACAAGAAGGGGACAUAGUGACAAUGCGUGGUUGGGUGACACUUAACCGUAACAACCACUUGGUUCGAGCCCUUCCUCAUUGCCCCUAUUACCCUUUCCACAAAGAAGAAAACUUUUGGUUACUACUUGCCGAUCCCAACGCCAACAGCGUCUGGAUAUCACAAAAAGUGAGCUUCAUGGAUGAAUCCGCUGCACUAAUCGCUGCUCCAAAGGUGAUCCGAGAAUCAAAGGAAUGGGCAGGGGCUACCCCAAAAGAACUUAACUCGGCUGUUAAAGAAGCAGUCGAAAAAGUGAAAAGUGGAUCAAGAUUGGUUAUAGGGCGGUUUUUGGCUCCCGAAGAGGGUACUUAUAAUUUGACUUUAUACUGUUUGAGUGAUUCGUGGCUUGGGUGUGAUACGAAAAUGAGUUUGAAGAUAAAGGUUUUGAAACGGACAAGAGCGGGUACCAGGGGUAUUCAGGUAGACGAGACGGAGGAUGGGGUUGAAGAGGAACAAGUGGAAGAAGACGAGUACGAUGACGAUGAAAGCGAAUAUAGUGAUGAUGAUGAUGAUGAGGAAGAACAUGUGGCAGAUGACGAUGAGAAAGAAGAUUAGAAGAGGCUUAUACUUGCUUUUGAUAUCAUGUCCCAAAAUGGUAAUGGAAUCUGCUAAACAUGAUUUAAUUUUAUAAUCUCAGAUUAAUUUGUUAGUUAAACGUUUUGAAUUGCACACACAAACUUUGAUAGGGUUUUGUUUUUUUCUCUCUUUCC